AUGACCAUCACAACAGACGAUGUUCACGAGUCUUCUACCGUCGGAUUGAAUAAGAAGCAAAAGCAAUUGUUUGAUCUUGUCAAACCAUAUCUCUUCAUAUUUGAAAUGAUAUGUGCUUUUGAAGUUAUUCUUCUUGUAUUUGUAUUACUUUCAGCCAUUACAACAUUCUUUGAUUCUUUACCAAAAUUAAACAAACAGGACCAUGAAUGUUCGAGCAAUAGUAUUUAUUACAUUAUAUUAUCUAUGGGAAUUAUGGGAUUAGUUGAAUUGAUUUUGCUUGCAAGCACAUUUCAAUUAUCAACUUUAGAAGAAAAACCACUUUUGAAAAACGAAAUUCGGAAAACAGCAGGAUCAGGCAUUACUAAUUUCUUUACGUUGGCUUGUUUUGUCACUCGUUUGGCUUUGAUCAUUGCAAGUACGUCGAUCAUUGAGGCACCUGCAUGUUCGAAAACAACCAUUUACACUACUGACCUGCAUUACUUUGUGAUUUGUAUGUGGCUAUUUUGGUCCUUUUCUGCUCUUCUCAUGAUCCCCAAGUUGUAUGCAUUUGUCAAGUCAAGAAAUAUCACUCGAGAAUUUUACAAGCAUAGAGAUGCAACUAAUUCUUUGGAUGUUCAUUUAACUGAUGAUGAAGAAGAAUUAUUAACCAACAAGUAA